AUGGGACCAACGUCGGAGGCUCAGCAGCGCUACCCCAUCGAAGGCCGGAAACGUGACUUCGCUGCUGGAAGCCGAUUGCCUCCGGGUUUCUUCGACGACAUAGAGCGUUUGGAAAAAAAGGUGGAAAGGACAAAGCCAAAAGGUCAAGACGAUGGAACAGCAGACUCGGAACCCGCCGUGAACGAACAGCUACGACUACUCAAGUCCGUACGGGAACUUGAAGAGAAAUUAGCCAGGGCGAAAGCCGAGUUGACAACCUCGGUGCGCAAGAGCGUGGAACGGUCCCCUAAGCCAGAACCUCCAACAGUCGAGCUAUCGAAAGAGGACUACAAGAAUCUCGUCGAUUUGUAUUUCUACACUCAUCGGAGUCGGUUCGAUCCGGAAUCGUCAGAUCUCUCACCGACUCCAACAUUUCUCGAAGAUUACAGUUUCAAGCUAUCUGAAGACUUUGCCCCUCCCCAGGCGUACGCCGAGUUCUACAACCAAGACGAGGAGAGAUACGAGUCGCCACUGAAGGAAAUCGAGAAACGAUUGAAGACCCGACAAUUGCGAGAGAUAUCAGUCACGAGUGAUUUCAUUGACCUACUUCUCGAUGAUCGCUCGUCCAAUGCAGCUCUGUUCCAGGCGUACAAACGACUACCACAGCCAGGAGUGGCCUUUCUCCCGCGGGGCGUGGUCCGGGUCUUCCUGCAACGCAUGGCAACACCGUGGCAGAAAAGCGAAAAGUCGAUGAUCCGGUAUCUUUCGCUCAUCGACGAUAUGCAGAAGGCAGGACUGCCCAUCACCAAGGCAGAAUGGGCGUCGGCAAUCUACCUUGCAGGAAGGUCUUUUACCAGGGUGACAGAAGCCGAUAUGGUGAACUCGUUCCGAAUCUGGAAACAGAUGGAGCAAGAGGCUGGCGUCAAAGCACACCAUGUCACCUUCAAUAUCCUCUUCGACAUUGCGGUCCGGGCCAACAAGUAUAGCGUGGCUCAGAUGGUGUUGAAAGAAAUGCAUGACCGUGGCCUGCGCUUGAACAGGCUCGGUCGCGUAAGUGUCAUCUACUACCACGGUCUACGUGGAGAUGGUGAUGCCGUCCGAAAGGCGUACCGUGACUUUGUUGACGCCGGCGAGAUUGUCGAUACUUUGGUUCUUAACUGCGUAAUUGCUUCACUCUUCAACGCCCAGGAACCGGCGGCGGCAGAACAGAUUUACGAACGAAUGAAGAGUCUUCAGCUAGAACUACGUCGGGGCAAACGAGGAGAUGGUAGGUCUGUUUUGUACAGAAAAUACCCCGGUCCCGGUCCCGAAGUUAUUGAGCACGAGAUGGCUGCAAACUCUUUGGGGAGGACAUUGCUUUCGGCUUCACGCCUGAAACAGACGUUGCCAGGACACCAUGAACAGUUACAGAACACCAUGCCGCUGACGCCGGAUCAUACGACGUUUCGGACCAUGAUUUCGUACCACGUCAAUGUCUCGGGCAACUUGAAUCGGAUCACUGUCUUAAUGGACGAGAUGUCGACGCUGUUCAAGCUGCCGUUCCAGAGUAUUACCUUUCAGUUGUUAUUCAAAGGGUUCGCUUUGCACGGAGCAACGAGCGAUCCCGAUGCGACGUGGAGCGUCAAGCGACUGGAUAUGGUGUGGGACGCAUGUCGUCGGGCUAUCAAGGAGGGUCAAGCGGCACGGAGGCGGCCGAACUCAAGAUCGGCAGAGCCUACGUUGCCAUCCAUUCAUGUAGUCAACAAGCUUGCGGCUGAAGAGGACGAAGCGGGUGGACUACACCAAAACGACAAUGCACAUUCCACCUCACCACAGCACCAGCAACGCGGAGGACUAAAGCGCAUGAGCGCGUGGAACGACUUUGUGCUUGACUUGGCAUUGUUUCCCAACGAGCGCCGGAAACAUAUCGAACGAGUGCAUGCCGAGCUGUUCGACGAAGAAGAAGAGGCAAAAAAGAAAUCGUCGUUUUUGCAGAGACGAGCAGGAAGGGAUGCGGUACCCCAGCAGACGUACUAUCCGCUGGGUGAAACCAAAAUUGACCAGGAAGAAGGCGAAUAUGUCCUGCCUCCUCCGAGCGCCGCCAUUGGGGCUGACUCCGCGGAUGGUUUGCAAAAUGAUCAGGGUAGCGUUGAGCGCCAAGGCGCAGAGAAGGAGGAGGUGGACGAGGGGCUGGACCAUGACCACGAGGAAGACCACGACCACGACCACGAUGAUUUUGAAACCCGUCCCAUCUCGACCACUUCUCCCCAUCAAGUUCAAGCAACACGCCCCUUGGUCUGCUGGCUCCUGCGCGCAUAUACCCGGUGCACGGGCUCGCGGGCCAAAGUGGAGGAAGUGUGGAACUCGGUGCGGAAAGUGUGGAAGACGAGGGAUCCUGUCGAGCGGGAAAAUGUUGUUCGGGUGUUGAGGAGAUGUUUGAGGGAUUGUGAUCGGUUUGGACCACCUUUAUAA